UUACCAAUCACGUGAUUUUCAGCUAUCGAGCUAGUCCGGUCUCUUGAUUCAUGAAUUGCGAUGGUCAAUUUCUACUCCUACUAGCUCAUAUCAAAAUACGGGAUACAGUUCCAUAAUUCUGACAAGUCAACAACCUAAUUCGAUAAAAAGAUGGCUGGUGGCUGGAUGCAGAUAGCAUUGGUUGCCAUGUUCUUGGGUGUGUGCCUGGCAUCGCUUAGUGAGAAUCAAGGUCCUAGAUUUCUAAAGAAGCCAGUUACUCCUUCUGCUCAUGGCUCUCCGUGGCCCAUGCCUCAAUCCAUCUCUGUGAUGCCCGUUGUCUACGAUUUAGCUGCACAGAGCGAUUUUACGUUGUCAGCCAGCAAGGUACAGUGUGAUAUAUUGAACAGUGCUUUCAAGCGCUAUCGAGCCAUUAUCUUCAACCGACCAGAAGCUAAGAAAACACCCAAGGCAUCAAAACACUUGAAGUUUUCUGCUAAUAGCAUCUUGAGUGGACUUGAUGUUGCUGUGGAUCAGCCUUGUCCGGAUUAUCCAGACCUGGAAUCUGAUGAGAGUUACACUCUGAUGGUCUCUGAGCCUGUUGCUAAUCUAGCUGCUAAAACUGUCUGGGGAGCCUUGAGAGGUCUGGAAACGUUCAGUCAGCUCGUUUAUGAUGGAGCAUUAGCUGGUCAGCUUGUCAUCAACAAGACAUCAAUCACAGAUUUUCCACGCUUCAAAUAUCGUGGUCUCCUGGUAGACUCAUCGAGACACUUUCUCAGUAUGUCUGCUAUCUUCAAAUGUCUGGAUGCAAUGGCCUAUAAUAAGUUCAAUGUAUUCCAUUGGCAUAUUGUGGAUGAUCAGUCGUUCCCUUAUGAGAGCAAAGCUUUUCCUUCCAUGAGUGAAAAUGACGCGUACGACCAAAACCAUGUGUAUACUAGGGAGAACAUCAAAGCUGUGAUCGACUACGCUCGCCUGCGAGGCAUCCGUGUCAUGCCCGAGUUUGACACGCCAGGCCACACCCAAUCCUGGGGGUCGAUACCAAAUCUUCUCACCCCUUGUUACUCCGGGACCAAGCUUACAGGUGGAUAUGGUCCUAUCGACCCCACCGUUGACAGCAACUACGAUUUCUUGAAGACUUUCUUUCAGGAGGUUGUCGAUCUGUUUCCAGACAAGUAUGUCCACAUGGGAGGAGAUGAGGUCAGCUUCACUUGCUGGAAGAGCAACCCACAAAUAACUACCUUCAUGCAACAACACCAGUACGGAACAAAUUACAGCAAGCUUGAGGAAUAUUACGAGCAAAGAUUACUAGACAUCAUGGCCGACCUACAGACUGGAUAUACUGUGUGGCAAGAGAUCAUAGACAAUAAUGUCAAGGUACGGGCUGAUACUGUUGUGCAGGUGUGGAAGAACCCGUACCCGAGUGAACUCGAUAAGGUUACGGCCAAGGGCUACAAAACUAUUCUGUCUACUCCAUGGUAUCUUAACAGAAUAUCCUUCGGCAGUGACUGGAAAAAUUACUAUGCUGUGGAACCGACACAAUUCAAUGGUACCGAUGCUCAGAAGGAAUUGGUGAUCGGUGGAGAAGCAUGCAUGUGGGGAGAAUAUGUGGACUCUACAAACCUUAUUCAGAGAACUUGGCCUCGAGCAAGUGCGGUAGGUGAGCGUCUGUGGAGUGCCAAGAGUGUGACUUCAGCGGUGACUGCAGGACCAAGACUAGUAGAGCACAGAUGUCGUAUGAUCAGGCGUGGCCUUCAAGUUGAACCAGUUACAGGACCGAACUAUUGCCCCUAUGAAUAUGAAGACUAAGAUAUGCCAGAUUGCCAUACUCUUGUUAUUCCUUUGUCUCUGUUUGGUGUAACUUUAUGUGUGUGUUUUUUUUUUCCAUUGAUAUUGGUUUUGUAAAACAUAAUUUAGUCCUUAUGGUGUAUGAUAAUUAACUGAUGGUGUAUGUGUAAAGUCUAAGAUAAGUAAUAAUUUCUCAGAAAUAAGUAUGCCUAUGUUUGUAAUCAGUAAUCGCAAUGAUUUUGUUGUUUGUUUGUAGAAUGGUAAUGUUAAUCCCAACGGGGGGGGGGGGG